AUCGGGGAGCCUAGAGGAAGACCCAUAACCAUAACCUUUAAUUUGUCUCUUAUCCCAUCUCAGUAAGGCGAAUAACCCACAAAUUUCAUCGCAAACGAGGGGGAAGAAGAAAGGAGGAGAAGAAGCACGUUAGCAAAGGCAGAACAUAAGACUCGAUGAACUUUGGAGAGUACACUUGUGAUGGUGAUAGAAUGAUAGAAGAUCCUGGUAGAAUGGAAUCUGAUGGGGAUAUGGACGCCAAGAUUAUAGAAAAUGCACUAGUACAGGUGACUGGUGGAGGAGAUGCUGGGGAAUUGAUUGAAAUUCCUGAUGGAUUGAAGUUAGUUAAACAUGCUGAUCUACUAGAUGGAAAUAUUGAUCCUUAUAUUGGUAUGGAGUUUGAAUCUGAAGAGUCUGCCAUGAUAUACUAUGAUGCAUAUGCUAGGCGUGUAGGGUUUAUUAUCCGUGUUGGAAAUUGCCAUCGUUCAGGUCGCGAUGGAUCAGUUAUUAGUAGAAGGUUUCUUUGUAACAAAGAGGGUUUCCGUGUAAAUAAUAAGAAAACCAAGUGUCUUGAAGUAAGGAAGCCACGGGCAGUCACAAGGGAAGGUUGCAAGGCAAUGGUCAUGGUACGCAAAGAGAAGUCUGGAAAAUGGGUUGUUACAAAACUUGAAACAGAGCAUAGUCAUCCUUUGGGGAUACCUGCUGGUAAGGGUCGUCAAGGUACAAUCCAGGCUCGACCUCAGGAUGAGAAGGACAAGAAAAUUCGGGAACUGACAACUGAGCUUCACCGUGCAAAUCAAAAAUUGGCAGAAUGUCGAGAACAACUGGAAAUGGUCUUAAAGGAUAUUGAGAUACACACUAAUCACCUAACGAAAAGUGUUCAUGAUAUAGUUGAGAAUGUAAAAGAAAUAGAAUCUGAGGAUCAUGACUAUGCAUACCACGCAUACCACUAAAGUCUAGAAUUUAGGGCAUGAAGCUUCCACUUUCUCUAAUGGAUUGAGAGCUGGUCAUCUCUUUUUUCUCAACAUUCCUGCAUCUGAUGGGAACUUCUCUAACAUGCUAUGUACCCUUGUUUUCAUUUUUUUCAUUUUCCGCCAUAACAGUUUAUAAUAGUGCUGGCAACAGCUCCUACCCAUCUA